UGUUGUUAUGAAUGAAAUUCGUCUUACUUCUGAACUUUUGAUAAUAAGGAUUUUAACCUGAACAAUACGUUUUUAAUUGAAUUAAAAUACCAGAAUGUCAAGUAAUAGCAGUUCUAAAGAUGACGACUCUGUUAUUAUGGAAAAGAUGGAACAAGCACCUGUUCCUCAAACAAAAGCACGUGAUGGUUGGCAAGGAAGAAUGGAUUUUAUCCUGACUUGCAUCGGAUAUGCAGUUGGAUUAGGAAAUAUCUGGAGAUUCCCAUAUCUAUGUUAUAAAAGUGGAGGAGGUGCUUUUUUCAUUCCAUAUAUAAUAUUUUUACUUCUUUGUGGAUUCCCGCUAUUCUUUAUGGAAGUGGCCUUUGGACAGUUUUCUAGUCUUAGUCCUGUAACAAUAUGGCGGAUUUGUCCACUGUUUAAAGGUGUUGGAAUGGGUAUGGUCAUAGUUUCAGCAAUUGUGUGUAUCUAUUAUAAUGUGAUAGUUGCCUGGACGAUUUAUUAUUUGUUCAUGUCGUUCAGAAGUGUAUUGCCGUGGAGUCAUUGUCACAAUUCCUGGAACGAUGAAAGAUGUGUUGAUGGGCUUGAAGGCACAUUAAAUAAAACGAUAUCGAAUUUCACAAGUUCCAAUCUUACAAAAGUUACAGCCAGUGAACAGUUCUGGGAGAAUCACGUACUUGAUUUAACUGACGGUAUGGAAGAUAGUGGUAGUUUAAGAUGGCAGCUAUUUAUUUGUUUGUCUCUAGCAUGGUUAUGUGUGUUCUUAUGCUUGUUCAAGGGUGUAAAAGUUCUUGGAAAGGUGAUGCAUUUUGCUGCUCCUUUUCCGUACCUUGUUUUGUUAGUGUUAUUGAUCAGAGGCCUUACGCUGCCGGGAGCUGUAGAAGGUAUCAAAUUUUACAUUAUCCCUAGGUGGGAGAAAUUAGCAGAUUAUCAAGUAUGGGGAGAUGCUGCCUUGCAGAUAUUUUACUCCGUUGGAAUGGCAUGGGGUGGUAUAAUAACAAUGGCCAGUUACAAUAAUUUCCAUAACAAUGCGUACAGAGAUGCUAUGUUAGUUCCAAUUAUAAACUGUGGUACUAGCAUAUUUGCUGGAUUUGUGAUUUUCUCUGUUUUGGGAUUUAUGGCACAUACAGCUGGUACAACUGUAGACGAAGUUGUUAAACAAGGUCCUGGUCUAACAUUUGUUGCUUAUCCUGAGGCUGUUGCUAAACUACCCAUAUCACCAUUGUGGGCAGUUUUAUUCUUUCUUAUGUUAUACACCAUCGGAUUAGAUAGCCAGUUCGGAAUGUUUGAGACUUGCAUCAGUUCAUUUAUUGACGAGUACCCACGCUUACUCAGAAGUAAGCGAGUACUUCUAGCAGCAGUUGGGUGUUUCGUAGAAUUUCUGCUUGGAUUACCAUGUAUUACACAGGGAGGAAUAUACGUUCUACAGAUUAUGGACUGGUAUUGUGCAAGUUUCUCUCUGAUGAUGAUUUCACUUAUAGAAUGUCUCGUUAUUGCAUGGAUAUAUGGUACAGAAAGGUUUUAUAAAGACAUUGAAUUGAUGAUUGGAUAUAAGCCGCAUGCAAUCUGGCAUUAUAUGUGGAAAUAUGUCACACCAGCUGUAAUUUUUGGAAUCUGGCUUUUUAGUAUAAUAACAUUGGGUCCAGUGACGUAUGAUGGAAAAAGUUAUCCAACUUGGGCGAUAGUUUUUGGUUGGAUAUUAGGAAUGGUGUCACUUGUCCCAAUUCCUCUCAUGAUGAUUAUUCAAAUCGUUAACACUGAAGGGGAUACAAUAGUUGAGAGAGUAAAAAAAUUAACAGUACCUGCUAAAAAUUGGGGUCCAAGUAUGGAAGAUGACAGAGAAGAUUACAUAAAGUCACUGUCACAUAAUACAUACACAUUAUCUAAUAUGGACGGUAGUCCUGUCGAUUGUGAAGAAGCCUUAUUAACACAUAAACAAAAAUUUGAUAUGAAUAACUCAUCGUGAUAGAUGAUAAUAAAACAAUAAGUGGACAUUCCAAAGAAGUUGUAGCAAGGUUAUGAAAAUGAUUAUUGUGAUGGAUUAAGUAAUUUUUUACUUUUAAAGACUACUGUAUUGAAGUGAAUGUACUAUUAUGUUGCUUCUGACGUACUGUUUUUUUAUAUUGCCUUAUGACAUUUAGUUUUGUUUCUUUCCAAAUCUCACUAAAGGCGUAUGAUUCAAUGUAAAUCUCAUACAUUUUUUGUAUCAAAACUAUCAUAUGGAUUUUCUAGGUAUGAAAUUCUGUGAACUUCAUAUAGUGUCCUGCAAUAUUUAUAUCAGAAAAACGAUUGUCAUAUUGUUUGUCAUAAUGAAAAUGUACAUUAUUUAAAAAAUGUCAAGCUCACUAAGUAAUACAUCUAUCAAAUAAACUAGAAUCAAUUUAAUGAAAAUUUGCACAAAAAUUCAUCUGUACAAUUUAUUUUUUCACAUUGCUGCAUUUUACAAAUGAAUAAUGUAUUGUUAUAUUGUAACAAUAUAAAUUUGUAAAUGAUGUCUCCAGCUUAGUAGUGUGCACAUUUUGAUUGCACUAUUGAUGACACAAGUGAACACUUGACAAGUGCAUUAAUCAUUUCACAACACUGAUCUUAAUUGGUCUGCAAAAUAUUGCAAAAUCAUGUGCUGUUUGCGUUACAAUGACUGAUGCAGGUUUGUCCAAACACUAUCUGUGAUACAUUUCGAAUUCGAUGAAUAUACACCAAGAUCUUUAGAAAAAAGACAGCAUUCUUAAAUACUUAACAAUUCUAAAAAGAAAAUGGGAAAAAAGUGGUUUGACACAUUUUUGAGUGAUGAAAACCUGAAAUUAACGCUAGCUGCAACAAAAUAUCUACGACAUAUGUGCAUAUAGUCAAACGCUGUGGUAUAUAAUUUAGUUUUUUUUUGUAAACAAGUGUGGGUUUAAAAAAUAAACCAUUUUUUUGUCUAUGAGAUGAAAAUUUAUGCUGAUAUAAUGUUUCCUGAAAUCCAAACUCCCAAUUGUUCACACAUAACCAGUCGUAAUUGAAAUCCAAUUCGAAUUAAUGAUGCAUCUAUAAUUUUAAUGAAUAGUAUAAUUAAGUUACUUAUAUUUAUUCAAAUAUCCAUUCUUUGGCAAUACAGAUACACUAUAUCAUGUAUGUUUAGGAAUUAACAUUGUAACCUGGUCAUACAUUCUUUUCUUGAACUAUAGUAUUGAUGGACACAUAUAAUAUAUAUGUAGGUGGCAAUGAUAUUACAGCCACAUCCGGUGUUAUUUUCAUCAUUAUAAAGUGACAGUUUGUAUUAUUCAAUAUGCAUUUUCAUUGUUUAUCUGAACUUUCUUUUCAUUAUACAUUUGUACAUAUUUACACUUUUCAUUAAUUGAUAUGUAGAAUACAAGAAGCUUUGGGAAAAUUGGCGAUACUUUUAUUUAUAAUUCGAAAUACACACAAAAUGUUUAUGUAUUUGCAUAACACACUACCUGCUACCAGUAUUUUCCGUUCCAAAAUAUAAAAAAAAUCAAGAUGAGACGCAUUCUGCAUUAAUAUUUUAAACAUAAAUCUCCCAUAAAGUUU